AUGAAUGAUACUAUUGUCAAAGAGGUAAUGGCAACGAAGAUUAGUGACACUGAGAAGAAGAUUAUCGAGUAUCUGGAGGGAGAGUUAUUUUUAGAGCAAUUCACCGAUCCAUAGUUAAAGCAGAUUAACUUUGAGUUGUCUAAGAAAAAAACUAUAUUCUCGUUUCGAUCUAUGGAUUCUGACACCGAAGUUUCCGAAGCCACUUCAUGUUCUACGAUAAAGAGCAGCAAACUACAAAUGUGCAAGUCGCCGCUGUUUAGAAGGAGGGUCAGCACGUUGGUUUUGGACUAGUUAUAUUGA